CACAUCCGUCUUCUUACUCGAAACUCAGACUUCUCCCGAGGAUUGACCAUGUCGUUGGGUUAUGCAGAAAAACUUUCCUACAUAGAAGAUGUGGGCAGCGUCGGAAUGUCUGAACAUUUCGACGCACCUGACGUUCUGCAACAAAAGAUUGAACAGCUUGCUUUGCUGGUACAGAAGAGUAAACAUCUAGUGGUGUUUACAGGUGCAGGAAUAUCAACUUCUUGUGGUAUACCUGAUUUUCGAGGUCCAAAGGGAAUUUGGACUCUUCAGCGUGAAGGCAAAGCGUUGCCAGAAGCAUCACUGCCAUUUCAUCGUGCAAGGCCAAGCUUGACUCAUAUGGCUUUGGUUGCUCUGGAGAGGGCUGGCAUACUGAAGUUUGUUAUUAGCCAGAAUGUUGACGGCCUCCAUCUUCGAUCUGGAAUACCAAGGAAGAAACUAGCGGAGUUGCAUGGUAACUCCUUCAUGGAAGUCUGCCCUUCUUGUGGCAUUGAGUAUACACGGGAUUUUGAGGUAGAAACUAUUGGCCUAAAGGAGACUUCCAGAAGGUGCUCAGAUGAAAGGUGCGGAGCGAGGCUUAAGGAUACAGUUCUUGACUGGGAGGAUGCAUUGCCCUCAAAGGAGAUGAAUCCUGCAGAAAAGCACUGCAGAAUGGCUGAUGUUGUUUUGUGUUUGGGAACAAGUUUGCAGAUCACUCCAGCAUGCAACCUACCUUUGAGAUCACUCCGUGGUGGGGGAAAGAUUGUAAUUGUUAACCUUCAGAAAACUCCAAAGGACAAGAAGGCAGCUUUACUGAUCCAUGGGCUUGUAGAUAAGGUUAUUUCAGGUGUCAUGGACAUUCUAAAUCUACAGAUUCCUCCAUUUGUUCGGAUAGAUCUUUUUCAGAUCAUUCUAACUCAAGCCUUGAGUAUAGAUGAAAAGUAUGUCAACUGGAAUCUCCGGGUAGCAAGUGUACAUGGACUUAAAGCUCCAUUGCCAUUCAUCAAAUCUAUUGAGAUAUCCUUCGUAGACAACAAAGAAUAUAAAGGAGCUAUUCUACAGAAUGAGCCAUUUCAACUGAAAAGGAGAACCUUACAGUCAAAAUCAAUCGAAAUGGUUUUGAAAUUCAACUUCAUUGAUGGUUGCGGUUGCCGAUUCACAAAAAUUAACUUGUCUGUCAAUUGGGAGGUUUCAACAGACCUAUUGAAGAUUGAUAAAGAUGCCACAAUGCAAAAGCUCAGAGAUGCAGUUACUGAUGAAACGUGCUGCGGCAAGAAUGCUGUUAUUGAUAGAAACGUUAUCACGAGCCCAAAAACUGAGGUUCUUAUGUAUGCCGUUGUAACCAAUGUUGUCACAUAUAAGAAGACCACCACUGAAGCUGUGAAAGCUGGCACUCUAAGUAAUGGGGUUAAAAGGCGGAAAGACGAUGCAAAUGGUCCUGCAACAUCUAAGAAGCGAUCAAAAGUGCACAGGCGCAAAUCUAGGCUUUAGAAACUGAUUGUCUUUGGAUUCUUGCUAAGGAUAAGGCAAUGUUGUGGCAGUUGAUGCACAUUUAAACUACGGUCUGACAGUGUCGUUAGUAUCAUCUAAUGUUUAGAAGUGACAUCAAUUGUUGCAACAUGUUUAAAUGUGGUACUAGAAAUUUCGGACCACUUAUUUGUAUAUAUGUGGGUGUUCAUUAGGACUAACAAAAAAGUGUGAUUAGGACGAACUGGGUGAAUUUUGGUAGAUAAUACACUCAGUGGCUCCAGCUUACAUGGUCUACUAAAUGUUGUCAAGUUC